CAGUUCAGACACCGAUGAUUGAUUCCAGAGAGUAACGGUACCUGCUUCAGUUCAUUUUGACGAGUUCUUCCCGGACUUGUACCUCUACCAGCUUGUUGUAGUUAACUCUCGCUUCUGUUCUGGGCUGGUCAUGUCUCUGCGCGAACCAUAAUUUAUUUGCGUGGGAACGGCGUGGCGACUAGGCAGCGCUCGAAAGACGAGCGAUUAUUUACUGGCGGUUGGAAAUCCCUCUGGAAUGAUUUGAAACAUCCAGCCAAAUCUACACGAUGUCCGACAAGAUCAGCCUACUACCUUUGGAGCUUAUCCUUCAUAUACUCUCCUACCUUCCUUUCGAGUCAUUGCUUGCCUUUGGCGAGACGUCUCGUGCCAACUAUGAGUCUCAUACCCUCUGUCUCAGCUGCUUACGGCUAGGGGUCUUUGAGAAGCGCAUUCAUUCCGUGAUAUCUUUGCUCCAGGCUGGCUGGACCACGCCCGAUCAAAUGGCUCAGAUCGCCAGACUCGACAAACGAGAGAAUGACUAUACCAUAUCAAUUGUUCAACCUGCAAUAAAUCGCCUGGUUAGCGAUGCAGCCGGCAAGCCUCUACUGAAAAUCAGAGACUCAAAAAGACAGGGCCCUGUACUACUGGAGAAAUCCCGGACGAUGGAGCAGAUGAUCCGGGAACAAAACAAGAUCUUUGCUCAAGUGGUGACUCGGUAUGGCCGGGGGCUGAGGAAGCUGGAGUUUAUGGCAUAUGAUCUUGACAGCGAGGGCGCCAUGGCGCUAGCUGCUGGUUGCCAAAACAUCCUGCAUCAUCUAGCGUUGCGCUUCGAGCAUCCACAUAUUCGAGAAGGCCCGAUCAGACCAAGUACUUGGCAGAACCCUGCACCAGGGAGCACGGCGUGGAAUUUCUUGAUUGGUAUAGGACGAUAUCAACAGCUCGGUCUUUGCGGCCUGCAAACUCUGAUUCUGGAGCGGACAGGAAUCACUCCGUGGCAGUUGACGAUGCUGGUGAAGAAGAACCCGAAGUUAACUGUCCUCAAGCUGAGGACGUGUCGCGGUGCUCACCCCGAGUUUCUGAACUGGUUAGGCGGCAUUGCGCAGGACCCUGAUGAGCCAGCAACAGAGGGGAAUGCUCUAGCUCCUGGUCGAAAGCUGAAAGUGCUCUGGUUGGAAAACUGCCAUGAAGUACUAGCCCAUCCUGUUGAAGAUUAUGAAAAGCUACCUGGCCGACAUUGCGACUUUGGUCUUGAAUGGGUUAGAGGUCUCACAAGCUUGCAGUCUCUCUCUUUCUGCGAGAGUUCGAAUCUUCCCCCUGAAUACGUUGACCGAGCAAAUAGAAUGCUUUGGAAAAUACCAGAGGUCAUCCCCCCAUACUCUUGCCAUGGGGAUAAGGCUCCCAUUGAAGUUGACCCGGAACUUCUGUAGCUUGCAGUCAUUGAUUGUUUUUUCUUUGUUUGUUUGUUUGUUUGUUUUUUGUUGUGUGCUGCAUUUGUGUGGUGCAUUGGGGUGGUAUAUCUGUGCCUUUUUUUCUUGUUGCCUCACUAUGUUUCUAAUAGACUAUCUAUGCUAUGCAUUAUCGUCAUUUUCAUCAUCAUGUCUGUGCCGGAAAUAUUGGUCACUUCAGGGUGAUUUCU